AUGGGAAGUGUACUUUCAACAUUUUCCACAGAUGAUUCACCACAAUUCCCUAAUCAUCAUCAUCAUACACCACCGAAACGAACAUUGAGUGAUAUACAUAAUAAUAGAACAAAAGAAUUGAAACAUUUUAUUCCAUGUACACCGCAUCAUCGAUCAAUUUAUGAUGAGUACAAUGAUCAAUGUGAUGAUGCAGUUAAUAAAAAUUGGCAUUUAAAUCAAAAUGAUGAAGCUUUAACAGGGAAACAAGAUUAUGAUGAAUAUAUUACUGAGAAUCAUUGUAUUAUAGAAUCAGAUAAAACGUUAAAUCCUGUAAAUAUGUUUAGUUUAAAACGAUUCUUAUUAUCAAGUUUAUCACGUAAACCAAAAAUAUCAUCUACCAGUAAUGGAAUAAUUCAAAGUAUGCGUAGAUUGUCAAAUGAUCGAAUGCAUAGAUUAUCAGUGAAAUCUGAUGGAAAAAAUACUUUGAAUGAUUGUUCUAGUGAUGAUGAUCAUCAUCAUAGGAAAGGUAUACAUCGUUCAACUAUUGAAAUACCAAUUAUUUAUUAUCAAGAACAACAAGCGAAUCUUUUAGAUUCAACAAAAUUAACAAAUGAUAUUCGGCGAAAUCAUAAUCAUUCCAUCUUGUCUUCAUCACAAUGUGAUUCAUCGCAUUCUAGAGGAGUUUCACAAUUGGAACCAUUUGGAAUGACACAGAAUUCGUGUCAUUUUCAAACUAGAAAUGUAAUGAAUAAUAGUAUGAAUCGGAAAUAUCAUUUAUCCGAUCAAAAAUCAGUGACAGAUUUUACAUCAGUUUAUCAAAAAGAUUUUAUUAUUCAUCAUGAUACUACUACUACUACUACUAGUAGUAGUGGUAAUGCACAACGUAGACAAUUAUCUGAACCGAAUUCACGAUUAAAACAUCGUUAUUCACAUUGUUUAUCUACAGAGUUGAAUAGAAAAUGUUGUGCUUUACAUCAUAAUCAUAAAACUAUGGGUAACACGAUACAAUAUACACCAAGUCUUGUUGAUUUACGCAAGGUUACACGAACUAAAAGUUCCAAUAAUAAACAGUCAACUGAACAACUUUGUGUAAGUAAUUUUUCACCUUAUUCAUUUAUAAAAAAUAAUUCUAUUGUACAAACUAAUAAUACUUACUUUUAUAUACCGACAUCUACAAUAACAGAAAAAUUAUCUCAACAAUUUACAACAUUGCAUGAUGAAACAGUUUCAGUGCAGAAGGAGGACGCCUAUCCAAGAGAACAUCAUCAUCACCAUCUGCCACAGUCAACACAAUAUGAUUAUCAUCAAAAUAUACAAUUUUUAAAUGAUCAAUUAUGUCAACAUAUCAAUGAGACUAAUUCACCAGCUACACGUAGUUGUUCAUUUGAUAUACACUUACCUGUCAACAAUCAGUAUUGUGAUAAUCAUUUAAAUCAAUUCAACUCCAAUUUGCCUAUAGAUACUAAACAAGAACAUGAUACUUCGUCAACUGUGAUACCAUCAACUUAUUCUACACAUUCUGUAAAUAAUAAUAAUAAUAAUAACAUUCAAUACAUGAAUUCAUCUUGUGUACAUAACUGUUUGUCACAACAACAGUUUACCAUUCCUAAUCAAAAUACACAAUAUAAUCAUAAUUAUUAUCCACAAGAACCUAAUCCGAUUGACGAAUCACUGUCUAGUCAAUUCGAUAGACGUUUAACUGAAUUCCAUAUGGACCCAAUAAAUCCAUCAUCCUCUUCACCGCCUAUUCAUCAUACACAACGUAAAAUGAACAACAAUCUCAUCGGAUUAGAGAAAUGUCGUAAUAUUACAAAAUCCAUAUCAUGUUAUGCUUUAAAACUUUUCACACAUCAUCAUCAUCAUCAUACCACAAACAAUAAUAAUUGUCAACAGAAAUAUAAAAUUCGAUCAUCUGGUGAAUCGGCGCCAUUGACAAAAUCAUUUUUUCGUACAAACAAUAUUAUUUCUGAACAGAAAAUUGCAAAACUACGGCUAGAUAAAAAAUUCAAGAAAAAUUCUACUGAUAGAAGAGAUAUUGAUAAUGAAAAUAGUACAAUGUCUUCUAUGAUGAUCAACACUACAUCCAGUAUGACUACAACAGAAACAAUGAAACCGACUAAUGAAAUAAAUAACAAUCAAAAACAUGCAUUUCACUUACAACAUUCUAGAACUAAUAAUACACAAUCCACUGAGUGUAUUCAAUGUUUGAAUAAUCGUAAAACUACAACAAAAGUAAAUGGAUUUUAUGGUAUGUUAGGGAAUUUAAAAAUUGAUCAUAAACUUGAUCGAUAUCGUUACAUGAAACAUCUUAGUCAGGAUGAUCAAUAUCAAUAUUAUGAUGAUGAAACAUCCACUGUAUUACAAACCAAUUGGAGACGAAGUGAUCUAGUACCAGAUCAACAAUACCAAUCAGGUAGUGGCAAAUUGAUCAAUCAUACUACCUGUAGUACAACAACAACAACUACUACUACUACUGCUACUACACCUCAUGGUUAUAAUCUCUUUCGUCAACCAAUAUUUAAAGCAAGUACAAGUGAAUUAUUAAAAUGUUUAUCAAUAUUUAUCGUAGCACGGAUACAAAUGAAUUUAUUAGAAAAUGCUAAUCAUUUACAUCAUUCCGAUUUACAUGGUAUUCAACCAACAAUUAUUGUUACAUGGAUUCGAGCCAUAGAUCGUGCCCUAUUAUUACAAGGUUGGUCAGAAGUAGCAUUUAUUAAUCCAACUCAUAUUGUAUUUCUUUAUAUGAUGUUAAAAACUUUUAUACAAAAUGAUAAUAUUCAAUCGGAACGUGAAUUACACACCCUAAUUAUGGCAUGUCUUUAUUUAGCUUAUUCAUAUAUCGGCAAUGAAAUUAGUUAUCCUUUAAGACCAUUUUUAAUAGCUGAAACAAAUCAGCUGAUAGCUCAUUCAAAUGUAACUAGUAAAAAAUUAUUUUUAUCGAAUACAUCAUCACAUUCUGUGACAACAUCAACAACAACAACAAUAACUAGUGUAGAACAAUGUUUAAAAUCGAAAAUUAUUGAUGAAGUACGUAAUCGGUUUUGGCAAUAUGUUAUACGUAUAGUGAAUGAAAAAUCAUCGGAAAUGUUACGAAUUAAUGCUGAACCAAUAUUAUUUACACAAAUGUUUAAAGAAUUAACUUCUUAUGAUAAUAUUGUCAUUGCUAUGAAAUUAUUUGCUAAUCAUAAUCAUCAUCAACACACCAAUGAUAAUACUCAUAUUCAUGAUAAUCAUAAUAAUAAUCAAUCUGGAUAG